UUUCGUAAACUGAUCUUAUCGACGCACCAUUGUUGCCGUUGUUAAUUUUAUCUCCACGAUUCCAAGCUCCGCUGUUGGAGUCAGCUGUUCCUAGUCGGAAGAACGCAUGGCUAGGCUCGUGACCCACAUCCCACUCGCGAGUUUCGUUGCUCUUCACGCUGUGUCGCGCUCGCGAUCUCGUCGAGACGAUAAGGAGACGGAUGUUGCGUACCGUCGCGUCGCUGACGCUCUAAUCCAGUUUCCUGCGCGCGAAUCCAGACCGGAUGCGACACGGAUAGCUAAUUAGGUGUUUCGCAGCUAACCAAGUUGUAUACGUUUUCCUGUCAUCGAAUUGUUAUUGCGGGAGCUCGUAGAAUUGCUCCAGGUGAGCGAAGAGUACACAGUGAAAAGAAAUUGUCUUUUAACAAUUAUCAUAGAAUUUUAUUUAAAAGUCAAUGUUACCAAAGUUCUUUCCAAACAACCCUUUACGUUAAUGCACCUCGAAUUGCACUGUUUUUCCGUCUUCCCUCUAUUGCACCUUACAUGUACAACCCUCUUGCGCUCCUCGCACCUAGGUUCAUCUAAAAAAGAAGAGACAACUCCCCCAAGAUCUCCAGUCCGUCGACGUUAAACAAUUUCCGUCCCGACAAUAGAGACGCGUCACUUUGCGCGACGACUUUGUCUACUCCCGCGGAAUCGUCAGAGUGUCCUGUCGCUCGCAUUGUGCCCGCCGACACGAGAACACCCCUGCAAACCCUCGUCGGAGGGCACCACGGUGCAGGCAAAGGGCGCACAACGCGUAGCUUUCGAACCUGGACUCAGCGGGCACGCACACACCCUCCGACCGAUGUUUCCUUUUUUCCCCAACGAGUCCCAACCGUGUUCACGGCUCUAAAAGGACGACACGGUUCUUCGUCCUCUUCCCUCCGUUUAGCACCCUCGACGCUCGCUCUUUCGCGCUCUCGUGAAAGGAGUCUGCCACGCACCACGAAGAAAGAAGAGUCGUACUCGAAGAGUGGGGGAUUGCUAGCGUAGCAACGCGAAUGGAGGGGUGAAAUUCUAAGGGUGGGGGAAACCAGCAACGCGAUAGUGGAUAGAGAGCGAGAACGGUGGGGGGUUAGGCACCGAGCAAAGCCUCCGAGCGAUCGGGCGAAAGCAGGGAGCAACAGUGUGCCGCGCGCCGCCGACAAGAGAACGUCGUUACUUGCGUUCCCGUCGUCGUGGUUGCUGAACGCGCGUGUUUCGAGUUCGAGGGUGCGAGAAACUAGCAAGCGCAACGUCCAAUUAGAUUCCCAUGCACACGACCUUCCUGAAUCGCGAGUUCUCGGUGCGCGAGUGCGACUUCAAUGUCGUUCUUUUUUUUUUUUUUUUUUUUGGAGCAGUUCGACUCAGUGAAAUUUCCGUGCCUGGUGAGAGAUAGGCAAGAUCACGAGUGCGACGAAUAGUGAGUCCUUUCCAUCCAGUCUGGAUUAUCGUGCUCGCUGACGACUGUGCUCCAAAAACGUCGAGUCGUUUCUCCGCGAAGGGACGAACGUGUGAUUGAAGUGAUCUAUAUAGAAGUGAACCGCGACUCGAGAAACGUACGUUCAGUGGCAAAGUGAUCGGUGAUGAGAGUACAAACGGAGUAAUAUAUUCUUCGGAAGAUCGGGAAAUCUGAGUUUGCCGGUCGGUGCGCAGAGGGCCAGGACUCCAGCCACGAGGGAGGCCACCACGUUCUCGAAGGAAAUGCGCUGCUAGCAAACCGGCAAGGUGUCGCCCGAAUUCUUGAGCACGCUGAGGUGGAGGAUGGAGGAGCUGGAGACGUUGGAGAGCACGGAGUGCCCCGAGUGCCCGGGCCCACCCCCUGAGUUCCGGUUGCCGCCACCCCCUCGGCCACCCUUCCUCACCGACGGCACCUUCUGCUCGGAGGAACCCCUCACCGAGAUCGAAGACUGCGUCGCCAUUCCGAUGAUCGAUGCGUCGUACCAUACGAAUCCAUCGUUGCAGAGCACCGCCUUGAUCAUCACCUGUGCGGUGGUGCUGCUCCUGAUGGCAGCGAUCGUCUCCGUCGUCUUCUGGAAGCACAAGCGGAAAGUGCAGAACCUGUUACCGUGCAAGAGCGCAGCAGGAGCAGCGGCGGCGGCGGCCGCAGCCGCGGCUGGCGGCAGGAAUCGCGUGUUGGGCGACGGGCAGCCGCACGCCGGCACCGGAAGCGCGGGUGGCGCGGUGCUGUACGAGGACCUGCCGGAACCCGUGACGCACUCGCAGCUGCACAAUCACCUGCCCAGCCACCACCCUGGCCAGGCGCCGACGAUCGAGAUGCUGGACGUCAAGGACACAGGCAGAGGAGUAUUCGUGUGCAGCAGUCCGGGUCCUGAUCCUUACACGUCGCAGGACCUGUAUAAUCCAGUCUACGAGGAGCUCAGCAACGGGGACCAUCCGGAAACGGACGAGGAGAGCGAGCUGAACGCUCGGAACCGGCUGCACCAUCAUCAUCGGCAUCAUCAUCGGCCGACGUCGUCGUCGAAGCCAGCCAGCGAGGACGAGUUCGCCGAGGACGAGCUCUCAGUUGGCGAGCCGUCCGAGGCGAGGAUGCUCACCUCGAGCGGGCCCACCUGGGGCACGUGUCCUGCUGGUGGCAGGCCACCGCGGGAGAGACGCGGUAGGAGCCCCAGGAGCCUCGAUAGACGCAGACGAGACAAGAACCACGAUGUGGGCGAGUUCCACGAGGGGAUGCUCCUGGACGCGUUGCUGCAGCUCUACCCUAGCGUCGCUGGCGUGGCUGGCACCCGAACCAAUAGCAAUUACCGCCAACAGUCCGUCCCAUCGGUGGCCCACAGAUUACCGUACUUCGUGCCCCCGAUGCCAGCGACCCAGGCCCUCCGAGUCGAGGAGAACCCGUACGAGAGCGUUCCGGUGUUGGGACCCCUGCACCACUACUCCAGCCAAGGCAGAAGCAACAAGGACAGGUCUCGCAAGUCGAACGACAAGUACAAGUACUCCUCGCAGUACGGGGCCGAGUACUACGGGCUCCAGAACCAGGACACCGCUCCUGUCUACACGCAAGUGGGGGCCGAAUACUCGGACACCUACUCGCAGCCUACGGAUCGGCUCUACAACGAGGACAAGUACACGCAACCCGUGUACUACGGGCCCAGGGACGGCGAUCAGAUCACCACGGGCAGGCUGUACCAAGGUCAGCCCGACAGCAGCUUCGGUAGCGACAGUGGGUACAGCCACCACACUUCCGGUACCACUGGCACCACAGGCACUCGCAGCAGCAACUCGAGGACGAAUCAUCGGAAGGACAAGCAUCGGAACUCGCAUCAUUCCCAUCACUCGGCCGACUACAUCGUGUCCUAAUGAUCGAUCGCGUGGGGGACGAUCGAGUCCGAGGAGGAGACGGAGCUUGUAAUACUUUUCUAACGAAUGUAGCGAUCCCGCGUUUCCUUUCGCGUAAUUUAUUUUAUUGUUUUCUUUUUUUUUUCGUUCUUCUCCUCUCCUUUGUUUUGUUUCUCACCAGGGAGGAGAGCGUUUUAUUUUCGCGAAACGACGGUGCUCGCGGUAUGUUUUUUUUUUUUUUUUUUUUUUUUUUUAAUUGUUGCGCGUGAUAUAGUAUUUUAGUAUUUCGAGACGUGUCUGGGGGAUGAAGGGAACGAAGAACCGUACUCCGAUGGACGAUCGAGAGAUUCAGGGGAUAUAUCCAACGCAGAGCAAUAGAACGACUGUUAACGGGAUGGUCUAUAUGUGGGGGGGAGGGGGGUGCGUACAGUCACGCAAACAGUGAUCUCUUAGUGAUUUAGCAAGACUAUUUAACAAAUUAUUUGUAAUCCAAAUGAGACUCAGGCUGGUACCAAAGGACGCUAACAAGUACUUCGACUUUUUAGCCUUCUAGUUUGUAAUUUAUACAAGUAGAGCUACUCGCGAGACGAUUUUUUAAAAGAAGAAACAAAAAAAACUAAGUAAAGAAACGCUGACGAGUUUCGUGCGAGACGUGCGACUACCUUCUCCGGGAAAGCUGCCGCCGCGUUUCAUCGUGAAACGAAGAGAAAAGGAACGAAAAAUAUAUAAAAAAAAAAAAAAAAGAAAAGAAAAGAAUAAAAGAGGAAACAGUCCACUGCCAAAUAAUCCUAAAUAAUAAUCCGCAAAAGACUGCCCCGCGACUGAGAGAUAUCUGCCAACUGGUUUCGUACAAACAAACAAAAAAACAAUUUGAUACGACCGCGCGAUAAGAGAAUUCGUCCCGCACGUUUCCCCCAUACGCCCCCCAUCGGACUGUAAAAUAGCACCUAAAUACCUUCUCGCGCACCUAGCUACACUCACGCGCAAUCCCACACACGUACGCGAGCACGAGCACGCGCGAACUCACACAAACGUAGUUUCACCGAAUAUAAUAAGCACGCUCGUCGAGUCGCAAUUUUAUCCUUCGUCAAUUACAAACGGUAAUUAUCGUAGCACGGAUAGCGUAACGUGCCAGCCGCGUAAGCUCUAGAGGAGGGACGGUUGGAAGGAAGCUCCUAUAUUUGCAAGCUCCUGUAUUUCCCGCGCGAGGCCGCGGCGCGCGCGUUCGAAUAAGAAAAAACGAUCGAGGAAAAGGACCGUAUAGACGGGGGGCUUUCGCCGAAAGCCUUACUUUUGCAAAGCCCGCUUUUGCAAAGAGAAUACAUAGUGUUCCUUCCGCGAGCCCUCUCCCGCUCGUACGACAUUCUCAAAGCCCUCCUCCGACGGCAGAUGGUUGCUACCCAAGACGGUUUGUUCGCCCCGCGCAUCGCGACGUUUCCUUUCGCAACGGAUCAAGUCGACGAUGGCCUAUCGUCUCUUUGAAUACGUGAAACGACCUCUUUGUGGGAUCGUCUUUCGGAAUACGCGUUCACGGAAGGAACGGGAACGCGCGCCGCGGGAUGACGUUAAUAAUACUCUCGCAGAAUCGUGCCCUUGCCCCCCCCCCCCCCGCCGCCGCCCCCCGCCCACCGCCAAGAAUAGACGAGGACGUUCCUCGUCGGCGUUAUUGACGUUAUCUCGCGCAGACCAUGGGAUUUCUAACAUUUGGUAGUCGCACGAUUUUACGCUCGCGAGACGCUUCGAUCAUGCUGCCAGAGAGACAGACCAACGUGAGAGAGAAGGAUUAUCGAGGGACAGUGGUCUUACCGCAGUCGGUGACGAGAUCGGUUGUCUGCUGGAGGUGAAAGACAAGGAAACUUUGUUGGAAUGAUUGAUAAGGGACAGUUUUUAGUAUCAGACUCGUAUUUCACGGUUUGACUCUCUGGUUUGGACUUGGGCUCGCCAAAUUAAUGUACGAAGAGAUUUUGCUAUGAUUAUAUUCAAGGGUGGUGGCCUCUUUCAAGCGAUAACUAUGAUUGAAAACAAGAAAGUUGGGGUGAUAUUUAUAUACGCGAAUUGUAUUGGGAUAUUUAUUAAAUUAAGGCAUGGAAACGUACGCAUUAUGUAUAUAAAAUCCUUUGCUUGGAACUUAUUAUUGAGAACGUGUAGAACGUGUAAGUGAUGGUACUAUAGAAUUUAUAGCUUCUAAAUAUCGUACCAAAGCAAAGAGUCAAAACAUGGAAUAGGAAAUACCUUAUUUGAGGCUGAAUAUUUCAAAAUUUCUUAUUCAAAAUUUGCGUCAACUUCGAUGGAGGCCAGUGUCUCCACCCGUGAGUCACAAGGGUGGUUCACUCCAUCCGAAGAGUUCUUCGAGCGGACGACUGAUUUGGGCCCGGCUGCGGGUUGUACAGACGCCCGCUGAUAUACAUACAUACAAUAUACAGAAGCAACCAUACCUAUACAUAGUAUAAGUGUAAGAAAGUAGAGAUCUAUUCGCGAGCGACCCUGUGUAAAUAUGAGACGAGAAGCGAAGGGAGAGUGACGCGUGGGAGCGUCCGUAUUCCUCCGGUGUAGCAUAGCUGUAUCAUAUCGUUAUCAGACAGUGUGGGUGCGUGUGUGCCAUGGUGCGAGAAAACAGAGAUCGAAUUUAAUAUAUAUAUAUAUAAUAUAUAUAUAAAUAAAAGUGUAUAAUUUUUAAAUUAUUUAUAAACGAGCGCGUUGCUUUGCGUCAACGGCAGCUACGCGUGCGCAAGGCGAAUGUGAAAAUGCGAGAGAGAAAAAGUGAGAACGUAAGAGUGGAAGAACGAUUGAAAAAGUUGCAGAGAGUGGACAUUGAAUUAUUCAAACGGGCCGUCCCGGAAACGAUUCUUUCGGAAUCCCGAGCACCUCCCUUCCGCUUCUUGGUACUGUACACUCUUUAGGUGCAUGUAGAGCGAAUACCUCGCGACAAAGAAAAAAAAAGAUCACUCUGUUGUAAAUAUAAUUUUAUAUGUACGACCCGGGGAAUUGGGUGUGUGUAGUAGCGGACACGCUACCGGAAGCACGCGGAGGACCACCCUCUCGAGCACCCCUGACUACUCUUCCGAAUAGAACAACAACAGAAGGAUGAAUAGGAACACAGGGACAAGACAGUUGCCAUAGAAUUGGAAUAAAAUGGAGGCUCGUUAGAUAGAAGACUCUUAACCGUAGAAGAUUUUUUUUAAACUGAAGAAUUCACACAGAUUUUGCUUUGCGAAGGCUUAAUAUUUGAGAAUAUAUACAGCAAUCUGAGGUGCACUCGAAAAGGACAGGAGAAGCGUGACCUCAGCCUCCAAGAAGCAUCGGUACUUACAAAACAUCCUGAACUCUGCUUUGAAGCAACCCUUAACGUAAUAUCUGAUUCUUAGUCCAUUUACAAACUUUGAUCCAACCCUAUCCCGACCAAAAUCACAUAAAUCAUAUCAGUAGUGUUACUGAAGCUACUAUUACCGAGAAACCUUUAAAAUCUCUCCCCACAGACUAUGGAAACCGCGAUUCAUGUUUGAGAGAGCGUAUCCAGGGGUGCUCCAGUGGGACCAGGGGUGCGCGGAUGCAAACGGAGGUGAACCGUGGGUGGUGUUACACGUACUUACAUCGCGGGAAAGCGCACGACCAGUCACGUAUGAUAAAAGAUGCGUACAAUCAAAUAGUGCGAGAGAGAGAGAGAGAGACGCGUUCGCGGCGCGGAAACGCUCAUGCGCGCAAACGGUGUCGAGGUAAACGCACGACGGAAUUAGAAGACGAGGGACAAACGCUUUUUGUACGAUUUUACGUCCAUGUUAGUCAGAACACGUUUUUCAAGAUCGUUUUUUAUAUAUAUAGUAUGCGGUAUAUAAGUAUAAUAUAUGCAAACACAGACACGCGUGUACAGUAGGUACGACGAAACCUAAUUUAUUAUCAUUGUUCUUAUUUAAAGUGGAGAGGGGGGACGUUGUUGUGAACCCCUUGGCAGCAAUCUGUAUUCGCUACCCAUGUACUUUAUCGCUAUCGACGAAUUGUUAUAUCGACCCUGAUGCGAAUCGUGUACAGUGUAUUGAUUAUUAUUAUUAUUAUUAUUAUUACUAUUAUUAUUUUAUUAUUAUUAUUGUCGUGCGUCGCCACCAGAGAUGAAUUCAGAGAGUUUUAUUUCGCUUUUCGUAUCUCGUUCUCGAAGAGAAUUCGCGCGAGAACCGAGCACAAAGAAGCGCGGUAACGUUAAUUCGUUUUUUCCCAAUCCUUUUGGAACGCCGUAUACGAGUUGCGAGAUUUCUUAUUUAUUGUUGCGUUCGAACGGGGGCAGGGACGCGGGGGUGUCGCGUUCCUCCCUUUCGGUCUCGCUAAUUUUAGCUGCGAUUUAGCAAUAUAGGCAGAAAGAAGCAGAGGGCAGAGGAAAAAAAAAACAUAGGCACUAGAGUACCUCGGAAAGAUAACAAGUAGCACUCUUGAAAGUUAGCUUGCACGGGCGUUCUCCUUUUCCAUCGUGCCGCGUUGCAAUCGAACCGUGAACGAUCGGGGUUCGGGGGUGAAUCAAAGGGUGAAUAGAGAGAAGGGCGAAGAUCGAUCGUCGCGUGGGGCGACGUAGGGAGACGGGAUCGUAAAAAGAGCACGUUAAAACGGCCCGAUCGACGGGGAGAACACCAGCUCGCAGAACAGGGUAACUAGCUCUAACAUCUAUCUCUUACGUCACUUAAGAAACAAAAAAAAAAAAAAGACUCUAUCACACUCGUUCACCUUAUGGUACCACAGGUUCACUCUAAUCACGAAUGUCGGCCAAGGCUAACUCGAAACACUAUCACACCUUCGUACUAAUAAACGAUUUACUAUUCAAUUUCA